AUGGCCUUUGCAGAGCUCGAGGCUGUACUCGGGUGGCCACGGGGUCCGUUUGUAGAGCCGACAGUGGUGGCGGUAGUGGGCGAAGCUGCGGCGAGCGCCUUUGAUCCGGCCCUGGUCGUGGUCGAGGGCCUCGAUGCUCUAGUGUAUGGUGUCGGAUACGACGAUGCGGAGGUCCUCGGCCUCUUCGCCCGCCUCCACGAGUGGAGUGCUGGUGACGAUGGUGGCCGAGGCGGGAGAGCUCGGUGUCUGGUUGUCACUGCGACUUCUGGAACGGCGACUUUGGCCAUGGAUCUCGCCGUGCUGCGGUCAGACUACGUCCUCACGGUUGCGCCUCUUGCAACAGGUUACUCGCGCGAGGUGCAUGGGAGCAUCGCUGUGGCCGCCGCCCCAGAAGCGAGCGGCGUCGUCGGUAGGGUGGUCCACUACAAGGCCGCAGACGGGGCAUCUCGGUUCUUUCUCAAGGGUCGGUGA